GCAGUGCACUUUGUCUCGCGAAAAAAACCCUUAUAUUGGCAUAAAUUGAGGUCUGUGUUGAAGAAAAGUUAUAAUGGAAGGCGCAGGAGCAACAGACCCUCAACUGCAGCACUUCAUCGAAAUCGAGUCUCAAAAGCAGAGGUUUCAGCAACUGGUUCAUCAAAUGACUGAAGUGUGUUGGGAAAAAUGUAUGGAGAAACCGGGUCCAAAGCUCGAUUCCAGGACGGAGGUCUGCUUUGUGAAUUGUGUGGAACGGUUCAUUGACACGAGCCAAUUCAUCCUCAACAGACUUGAGCAAACCCAGAGGAGUAGUUCGAGAGGCUCAUUUUCAGAGUCCUUGUCUGACUAGCACCAGCGCUGAUGGGGACUAAUUUGUGAAUCAGUGUCCGGUCAGCAGGUACGGCUUGGAUGACUCCAAGCUUACUUGUGUACUGUCAGGCGAAACCCCAUAAACUAUAUGGCCAAACAAAUGUGACAUUUGGAAGACAAAGUGCCUCUGUUCGUUGCAUAUGCCUGCAAAACGCCUGAGAAGGUAGGUCGUGGAGGAAUCGUUGACCUCUCUCAGACUAUAAACACAGAAGAAGGUAUUUCUGGAGUAAUUUUGUUUAGAGGUGUCGCUUCAUGCGAGUGUGUUACCUGUGUUGUGGUUUUGGGGGUGGAAAUGAGGCCUGCAACGCGCAUGUGUGACCUCACCCCGCUUUGUCACUGAAUGUCAUCGCUCGCAUUCGAGGGACACUUGAUUCUGUUUCAUUAUAAUUGUGUAAAAUGAUGGGAUAUAGUUUGUCCGAAGAGUCACGUUAUUGAAUAUUGCAAUAAAGGAAAAACACAAGUGGUAA